GGGUCACAAGGUGAGCGUCACGUUCUUAUCAUUCCGUCAACCUGAAGCAUUCAUGCCUAACCCACGUGUAGCCGGAGUUAAAAAUAACAUUCUCUCCAGCGGCUAAUAUAAACAGCACAGGUGCUGCAUGUCUCCGGUCACACGUGAGAGUAGCGCAUUGGGCGGCAUUAUCACUUGGCAUUGUGUUCUUAUGGGAGUGGACCCUCGGCUGAAUGACAUGCGUUGGUGUUUGGAACGGUUCUAGCUCGACAUGGCGACUCAUUUCAUAUGCUGUUGAGCCGCAUUCAAUUGGUAUUUCAUCAAUCACCCCUGGCUCUACGUGACAGUUGUGCAGUGCGGCAAUCAUCGCCAUUUGUACUCCUGUAUUACAACAGGUGACAAGGAUGUUUUGAUCUCGACGUGUUUUAUCAUUUGACACAACAACGUCAAUGAUUUAAGGUGCUCAAGAUGGCAGCAGCGAAUGGUUAUUGCGCCAAUUCCAAUACCAUUUCCAAUGGUAGAAAUCUUAAUUGCCAAGUGUCAAAAGAUUAUUUACAGAAUGAAUCAACAGAUGAAAUCAGUGAAUGUUUGUGCAAUACCAGUGGUAAUGACGAUGAGGUGAAGAGUAAAACUGUUACCAGUAACAACAGAACAAGGAAAAGAAAAUCAAAGCAAGCAAAGACAAAACAAGAUUCAGACAAUUUGGAUGGACAUGUUUCUGACAAGUUAACAACUCCUACAAAUAACUGUCCAAAACACGGACCACACAUGCCACAAGGUUUUUGGGGAAGGAACCUUCCAGGCUGGUGCUUUGAACCAGAGUAUUUUGUGACUGAAAAAGGGGAAAAAAGGCCUCAUGAGAUUCACCAAAAUGCAGAUUCGUUGUUCAGCACAUCGAGUGGGUUCACCAACUACCGGGGCCUCCUCAACCUCUGUCUCAUCCUGCUGGUUCUUUCAAAUGCAAGACUGUUCCUUGAGAAUAUCAUGAAGUACGGGAUAUUGAUAGACCCAAUCAGUUGGCUACACUUGUUCGUCAAGGAUCCUUACAACUGGCCUAAUAUCAUAGUUUUGCUAUCAACCAAUGUGUUCAUCUUGUUUGCUUUUGCCAUUGAAAAACUUCAUGCUAAGGACUUUUUGUCCGAGAGAGUUGGUACAGUAUUCAAAGGCCUCAACACCAUCCUCUUGCUGGUAUACCCAGCGACUGUUGUGUAUAUCUUGCAUACAAGCCCUGUCUUCUCAGUAAACACAUUGGGAUGUGUGACAAUAGUGUUUCUGAAGUUGAUCUCCUACCACUGCGUCAACCGCUGGUGUCGGGAGUCGCUGAAGACACAGCCGCGGAAAAUGGGACGUAGCAAGACCCUCACGACCGAGGAUGAAGCUGCCAAGCAGGUCAAGAUGGCAGCAGCCAAUGAGAAAAUUAUCGGUAAACAAGUGUACUACCCUGACAACCUCAAUCUGAAGGAUAUGUACUACUUCAUGUGUGCUCCGACGCUGUGCUAUGAGCUCAACUUCCCGCGCUCAGCUCGCAUCCGCAAGAGGUUCCUCAUGAAGCGAAUUAUCGAAAUAUUGUUUCUAUGGCAACUGAUGCUGGGCCUUGUACAGCAGUGGGUGAUCCCGACACUGAACAACGCCAUGCAGCCUCUGGACCAGAUGAAUCUCUUCAAGGUGCUGGAGCGCCUCCUCAAACUGGCUGUGCCGAACCACUUCAUCUGGCUCAUCUUCUUCUACUGGUUUUUCCACUCAUUCCUCAAUGCACUGGCAGAGGUUCUCCGCUUCGGUGACCGUGUCUUCUACCACGACUGGUGGAAUGCAGAGACUGUGUCUGACUUCUGGAAGAACUGGAACAUCCCUGUCCACAGAUGGGCCAGCAGACAUCUGUACAAGCCCAUGUUAAGGCAAGGCUUCAACAAACUCACAGGUUCCGUGGCUGUCUUCUUCGUGUCUGCAUUUUUCCAUGAGUAUCUGCUGAGCAUACCACUGAGGAUGUUCAAGGUGUGGGCCUUCACUGCCAUGUUGGGGCAGGUACCCCUGGCUCUGAUGACUGGCAAGUACUUGGACAGCAAGACGGGGAAUAUUGUUGUGUGGUUGUCACUCAUCCUUGGUCAACCUGUCGCCAUCCUCGCCUACGUCCAUGACUACUACAUCAUCAAUGUCGGCACUCUGACAAACCAGACAAUAACUAUUGGCUGACAAACCCUACAUGACAAUUUCAGAUUUGUAACAUGAUGUAAAUUUUGUCAUGACUGAGUUGAGAGCCCCAUACAGCCAAACGAAUCACAGAUCACAGAGAUGUAUGUGAACAUUACUGCUGACUUGAAAAUGUCUCAUGACCUGGAUGUCAGUAUUAUGUUUUGUGUAUGUUUGAUUUGAUUGGUCGACAGGGUUACUGUGUGAUAAAUUCCUAUAUUUCACAGAGUGAGGUUGAUCAGAUAUUCACAUAUUCAAUCUUUUUUUAAAAUUUGGUAAAAUGGCCACAGAAAUCAAAAUUAAGUUGUUUUGGGUAUGUACAACAUUUCUAUCAUAUGUGUUCGAAUCUCAUUCAAUGAGUUUGGAGAUAAACUUGAGCACAUCUUUUCUGAUUUUGAGUUAAAAUUAAUUAUGCGUUUUCAAAGUGUUUCAGUAUAUUUAAAAAAAGAAGUCUUAAUGACAAAAUAUAUUAAUAUGAAUGGACAGUAAUGUGAUAACUUCAACGAUUUGACAAUUAAUGUAGCGAUGAAAGCUCUUGAAGCUCAUGAAUUAAAAACAAUGAUACAUUUGUAAAAGUGACUUGACAUCAACAUGUAGUCAGUCACAUGGUGGACAGAACAUGUGCUGGUGGGGUGAAAGGGAUUCUCAGUAAAUUUGCAGGAGCACUGUGAAUCAAACAGUUGGAAACGAGGGGAAGAAAGUGCCUCUUUUUGGGGCAGUGUACCAUAGAAAAGAAUGAAGAGUACAGUUCAGUGUAAGGAUUAGGUAGAGAGAUUUGUGAAUUGGCACGGAUGCAGUUUUAGGAAGUUAAUGGAAUUUGCAUGGAUGCAGUUUUAGGGAGAUAUGUGACUUUUCACGGAUGCAGUUUUUGAGAGUUAGAAUUUGCACGGAUGCAGUUUUUGAGAGUUUUGAGUUUGAGAUAUUAUGGGCAUUUGUGAAGUUUCUUAGUAAUUGCUUUGUUGUACAUUGCCAAGAUAUACAAAAUUGCAGUGUGUUUUAUAUUCCUGUAUGAAUGAAAACAAUACCAAUGACUGUAAUUGUAUUUUGUGAUGAAUAAUUCCGUGCAAUAACUAUGACCGACUAGUAGACAGUAGACUCUGGAUUUGAAUGACGUUUGAAGAUAGGAGCCUCGUUCUCAAGCAAUACGAGGGUAUUUUAAAUGUCUCGAUGUCCAUGUCAUUUAAAGACCAUUAUUAUUAUUAUUAUUAUUGAUGUAAAAGUAUGACAUCAAAUGGGCACAGGUCAUAUUGUGACAUUAAAUUCCCUUCGUAAAAUCUGUAAUGUAACAAACGUUUUUACGUCUGAAUAUUGACUGUCAUGGAUGUGUCCAAAUAGAAUCAAAUACAUGAGAAAUCUGUGAAAGUCACACAGAAAUCAGGUAGUAAUUAUGUAGAAUAUGUUGAGGAUUGUGUUUAGUAUUCAGUCUGUCAUGGUAGACUUGGAAGAGGUAAAAGCAUUCGCUUGUCAUGAAAUGCUUCCCCAUGUAUAUAAUACAGAUGUGAUAUGUGAAGCUUAUUCUUGAUGACCCUUACUGCAAGAAUAUAACUUAUCACCCACUUCUAUCUUUUGUGUUGACAACUGCACAACAUACUUUCUUUGUAGCCUUAAUUAUUAUAUUUGAGAAGUAUUUAGAAAAUUUUAUUGUUGAACCUGAACAUUUAUUGUGCAGGAACAAUCACCUUCUGUAUAAGUGCAACAAAAAUAAUUUUCAAUAUUUGUGGAUCACAAAGUACUGUAUGUCAAUAACAACGUAUGUCAUCAAAGGUUGAUGUAAGAUUUGACUGGGUAUACAUUUGUGUCCACCCUUUAUUUCUCAAUAGUCUGAAGAUUUGUUAAAAAACAUGACAGCAAAGUUGAGGCAAGAGUUAUGUUAACAGCAAGACAAAUUUUCAUAGAAUUAAGAUUAAUACUAGAUUUUUUAACAGACGAAAGUUUCAUUUUGAAACAAAAAUGUUUACAUUGUAUGUUUGUGACCUCACGUUAAAAGAAAAAAGUUUGAUAAAUAGGGAAAAUAUAUCAAGAUCUUCAUGCAUAAGCCAUCGAUCCCAUUGUUGUUGUGGUGGUGUGCAGAAGUACAGUUGAUGCGUGGAUAUUUUGAUCGGUCACCUUCCCCGAGAUAUGACGAUGUAUAUAUCAUCUGAGAAAGACAUGAUCUCAUGGUAGCAAACAGUGUAUGUCCAGAUUCUUGUUGCCAGUCAUAGCAUAUUGCAUUUACGAAGCAGUACAAAUGUCAUAUACCUUAUAUGUACACACGCAUGGUUGAAAUAACCUUAAACUUUGAUUUGUUUUAUAUCACUUGAUCAUUUUCCCAUGUAACAGAUUUAUAGUCAUCUUUUCUAUACAAUCAUGUCGUUUAUAGUUGGUAUUUCUAAAUGUCAUACAACGGGCCAAUAUAUAUAUAGUGUUCCCUCAUUAUUGCGCCCUUCACUAUAGCGCGUGGUAAUGCAUGGUUCCCAUAUUUACUUACAUUUUAUACAAAAAUAUAUAAAAAUAUAUGAAAUCUUGACAACUAAAUUGAAAUCAUUUUGUCAAGACAUAUGAUUUGUUCUAUCACAGGGUCUGUUGUAUGCUCAGUACUGAAGAAAGCGACCAACUGUUAAGGGCUCCGUGAGAGUUUCCUUAAAAAAUGUGAUCAAAGACAUUCCAGGCAGUUGUUAAAAUAUAUAUACACUGUAUUUCAUGUUAGCAAAACUGGAUCUUAUACAAUGGUGCCUUGUCCUGCUUUCUCACAUGUCACAAUGGCCACGACAUAUACCACCAGUUGAGCAACUAGGAAAGGAUGUGUGAUGAUUACGGGUCAGGGUCAACAUAGGAGAUGGUGAACUUAAGAAGUCAGGAAAUGACAGUCAUUAUUUUUGUUGUUCAUGUGGCACAUUUGCAGUGACUUUGCAGCAAGAUUUGAGUGAUCUAUGAUUUGCUUUAGAACAGUGUUAUGUAAAGAAUUGUUGCAUGGUUGUCACAGUUUUGUGGGAGAUGUGUUGCAUGUAGGUAGUCCUGAGCAUGUCAUAGCAUGUUUGAUGCACCUGUGACCUGGCUGACAGGAGGUCACCUGUGACAUUGCACAACAUGCAGUGCUCGCAUGUGGAGGACGUGGUCCAUGAUGAUUUGCAAUGGUUUUUUUUUUAAGGUAUGGCCAGUUCGUAUCUAAAAAUAACUUUUUGGUUUCUACAUGUAUUUUUAUCUUUCCAUGAUACACAAAACUAUCUAAGUGGAGUAGUAUAUUUUUCAAGAGGCAAGCCAGUCUGGGAUUAAAUAGUCCUAUGGAGAUGGGGUGGCCUAGGAGUAAAAGCAUUCGCUCGCUACGCUGAAGACCCAGGUUCAAUGCCCCACAUGGGUAUGAAGUCAGUUUCUGGUGUUCCCUGCUGUGGAACAUAAAAGCGGCGUACUUACUCCAAUGUAAUAGAUCUACUGAGCAGGUUGUCACUUAUUAAAUCACUAUGAAACAAAGUGCCAGUGCUCAGAAGGCUGCAAAAAAUGAUGCAAAUCAUCCCAGACUGGUUAUGGAAAACAUGCCAGCUUUUCAAGAGCUGCAAAAGUGAUAUAUGCCAUGUAUUAUCACAAGAAGGCAUAUUUACUUAAUGUUAUGAUUUGCUCAAACAUCAGAAAUCAGCAGAGGUUUACUUGGUGAAGUACUUUCAAACAACCAAAAGUUGCAGUCUCAGUGCUCAAACAUUUGACAUUGCCAAAGACCUUUACAGAGAAAUGCCGAAAGUCUUUCACAUUUUCUGCAAAAAGAAACACUAUUUGCAUCCGUGUAUUUUGGGAUGCUUCGAGGAUGGCUGUGUACAUGACAGUACAAGCAAUAAGUAUGUGCUGGAAAUGAGGGGCAUUUGUUGAUCAAACUCCACUUAAUGUGUUUCAAAUGUUGAGGGAGCCCACAACGCAUAGCUAGCUUUCCUGUCUAGUUUUCAUGCCCCAAAGUAAUUGAAAUAUGUUCUUGUACAGUAUCACUAUAAAAGUAUAAUUUUGUAAUAUGAUUAAUGCAAAUAAAGAAUAUAAAAUUUA